AGAUAAACGAGAUAGCUGUCCAGAAGUGAAAUAAAAAAACUCAGGGGACGUCAGGCACGAGACAGGAAGAGAAAUUUUGACUAUUGCACUUCAAAUGAGAUACUCUGUGUGUCAAAAUACGCGCUUACGCUGCCUCAAUGCAAUUCUUUUUGGGUGACACAACGCCUCGUAAGCCCUAGUUGUCGUGUGAAGUUUAAACUUUCUUGGUGUUUGAAAAAGCAUUACCUAGAUUUUGCUCGGCUUAAAUACAUGGAAAACUCAUCCGUCUUCGGAUCCUCUUAAUCACUGCGAUUUUGAAAGGUUUUCUUCAAUGGCGGCCGAGGCCAAUAAUGUCACAAAACCUACUACUACUUUUACUUCCCAUGUUUUGAAGAUUGGCAUUGUGGGAUUUGGGAAAUUUGGGCAAUUUCUUGCCAAGACAAUGAACAAACAGGGUCAUUCGCUUAUUGCUACUUCACGCUCGGACUACUCUGAUGUUUGCCAGGCUCUGGGAGUCACAUUCUUCAGGGAUCCCCGAGAGUUCUGCAAAGAGCGUCCGGAUGUGAUAUUGGUGUGCACAACCAUUCUGGCCAUGGAAUCCACUCUGCGUUCUUUUCCAUUGGAGGAGCUCAACAUAAUUAACACUCUCUUUGUAGAUGUGCUCUCUGUCAAAGAGUUUCCAAGAAAUCUAUUUUUGGAGGUUUUGCCUGAGGAAUGUGAAAUUCUGUGCACUCAUCCAAUGUUCGGACCAGAGAGUGGCAAAACCAGUUGGGCAGGUCUUCCCUUGGUCUAUGAUAAAGUCCGCAUUAGCGAAGUGGGCAGCCGUGCACAGAAAUGCAAUGAUUUCCUCUCAAUAUUUGAAUCUGAGGGGUGUAAGAUGGUAGAGAUGACAUGUGCAGAACAUGACCUUUAUGCUGCAGAAACUCAGUUUUUGACUCAUACAGUGGGGAGGAUAUUGUCACAUAUGAACCUGAAAUCCACACCUAUUGACACAAAAAGUUAUGAGACACUCAGACAUUUGACAGAGACUAUAUCUGGGGACAGCAUGGAUCUGUAUAAUGGAUUGUUCCUGUGCAAUGCUAAUACCAUGGAGCAAUUAGAGAAACUCGAGCGAGCCUUUGACACUGUGAAAAAUGAUUUAUUUGGAAGAUUGCACAGUAUGAUUGGCAAACAGCUUGUACACCGAGUCCCUGAUCCUUCUGCCUCUUCUACCAUGGAUGAUGCCAAUCCCCUGAAAAAAGCUUGAAAAUACAAGUAUUUUUCAAACAUAGUUUUGAGGCAGUUCCAUGUAAUCUCAUUUAUAUCAAUAUCGUUUUUUUCUUUGGGAAAAAGAGAGCUGGAUUUUGAAUUAAUGUGUUAUAUCAAUAUGAUGAAAC